GGCAUUAGGACUUUUUAGCCUGAUAGACAGUCUGUGGCCUCCAGUAGUGCCUGUAAAAGUUCCUGGACAAAGUCGAGACUCUGAAAUGAUGACAACUGAUCUCCCUCCUCCCAGCUUCUGUUACAUUCUUACUGUUCAGUCUGGUGAAAUACAUGUGGAAGUGGAUGAGGAAGAACAGAUUUCUAAUUUGUACCAGCCACCAGCUGUUCAUGGUCUAAAGGAAAUUCUUCAGACAAAACACAGUGUUCCUAUAAAUCAAAGAGAGAUUUGGUUGUUUGUGACUGACUCCACAUUGCAAAAUGUGGUUCAUACGAUUCCAAAAGUUGUUGCUGUGUCAGUCGCUGCAUCGUGUGUUCUGAGGACAGAAAUCAUGGAAGCCCUCAGCGCUGCCUCGCAACUUGUCUUCUUCAAGGAUGCGCUGUGGGGAAAUGGUAGGAUUAUUUGUGUUGAACGUACUGUUCUCUUAUUACAAAAGCCUCUUUUGUACUCGGCUGCCGGUGCUGACCUCAGUGAGCUGACUGGCCCUGUCAGACUCGAUGAGCUGGAUUCUACAACACAGGCCAACUCCAUUUGUGCUGUAAGAGGUACCGUUGUUGGAGUUAAUGAGAGCACUGCUUUCUCCUGGCCUACAUGCGACAGAUGUGGCAAUGGAAAGUUGGAAUUGUGUCCCCAGGACAGAGAAUUGCUGUAUUGCAACCAGUGCUCGGAAGUUGUCAUCUCACCAGUUUUGAAAAUGCAGCUGGAAGUCUUCUUGAGUUGUCCAUCCCGAUCUCAAAGUGCAGUAAAAGUAAAGCUGUUACAAAGGACAAUCUCUUCUCUCCUGAUGUCCUCUGCCAAUGAGGAUGGGAGUUACGAGGUGCAGAGCGUGCUGGGAAAGGAGGUGGGGUUCUUGAACUGCUACGUCCACUCCGUAACCAGCCACCCCAACUGUGUUGGACUGGAGGAAAUUGUUCUUCUGGAAGCAGCAGCAAGACACUGA